AUGCAUCUUGAGCCGACUCAUAUUCAUUCUUGGGUGGAUCUAGCUGAUGCUUUCAUAAAGCAAUAUAAAUUUAAUAUGGAUACAGCACCAGACAGAAUACAAUUGCAAAAUAUGACAAUGAAGAAAAAUGAAACUUUCAAAGAGUAUGCCCAGUGUUGGAGAGAGAUAGCUGCCCAGGUUGAGUCACCACUAUAUGAUAAGGAGAUGGUUACAAUGUUUGUGAAUACAUUACAACCGCCAUUUUAUGAGCAUAUGAUUGGGAAUUGGAAUAUAUCUUCUAAUUUUACGGACAUCAUCAUCAUUGGUGAAAGGAUUGAGACUGGGAUAAAAAAUGGUAAAAUUGCAUAUGGCCCGCCCGCGGCUGCAAAUACCAGAAAACCAGGUUUCAAUCAAAGUAAGAAAAAAGAAGUUGAAGUUCAUGCCGCAUCCGCAUGGGAUAACCGUACACCUAUUAAUUACCAAAUACAGUCUGUUUCAAACAAUCAGUUGCAACCUCAAAAAGUGACUGCUAGUGAUAGUGAGAACCCAGGUCAAAGUACUAAUACAAGAAGGGAGAGGAAGUUUAUUCAUUUUAAUCCUAUUCCUAUGACAUACACAGAGUUGUUACCGAUGCUUCUUCAUAAAUCUUUUUUUGCAAUUUGCCUAAUGAAGCCACAACAACCUCCUUUUUCCAAGAGUUAUGAUCCAGAUGCUACAUGUGACUACCAUGGAGGGGUAAAGGGGCAUUCGACAGAAAGGUGUUUUCCUCUCAAAUAUAAGGUACAAUCUUUGAUUGAUGCAGGGUGGUUGACAUUCAAAGAAGAUAAACCCAGUAUUGAAAAUAACCCUUUGUCAGGGCAUGAGAAGACUUCAACAAAUGCUAUUGCGGUCAGGGAGAAAAGGUUGGUAAGAAAAGUGAGUGAAAUUCGGAACUCUAUGAAAUUCAUUCUUGAAGCACUAUUAGAAAGGGGGCUAGUAAAAGGUGAAUAUGAUCUGAGUAAUGCAUGUGCAUUCCAUCCGGGUGCCAAACAUUCUAUUAAUGAUUGCGUGGAGUUCAAGCUAAAGUUGCAAAAUCUAGUUGAUAAGCAUUUCCUGCAAGUUUUUUAUGGAAAGAAGGAUGAGAAGGUAUUGGCCCAAACUGAUGAACAAUCCAAUUUAACCACGCCAGAACCUUUAGUUAUUUAUUUCACUAGACCUGCCCCUUCUUUCAUGGAACAAGGAAGGCAAUCCAUAGUGAUAAAAACGCCCUCCUCUUUUCUUUAUGAAAGUGAUAAAGCUGUUCCAUGGCAGUAUGGAGUACAUGAAUUAGGUGAGGGACAACAAGUUGAAAACACUUCUGUGCAUGAAGGUCCAAAUGUUGAAAAUAUAUCAGGUCUUGGUGGGAUGACAAGGAGUGGUCGUUUCUUUACACCACCAGAUCUAAGGAAGGAAGCAUGCCAUAGAAGUAAAGUAAAUGAUGGAAUUGAAAAAGCAAAAGAGAUAUUAAGAGAAAAGACGAUACAAGAUGAGGAAGAAUGUAGAAAAGAUAAACGAAAAGAAAUAUCAGAUGAAGAGGCCGAUGAAUUUUUGAAAUUCAUACAACAAAGCGAAUACAAGGUGGUGGAGCAGUUGAAUCAUAUGCCAGCUCGUAUUUCGCUUUUGGAAUUGCUCAUGCAUUCGACAGCUCAUCGAAAGUUGCUAAUGAAAAUACUGAGUGGGGCUCAUGUUGAACAAAAUAUUUCGUUAGAUAAAUUUGAAGGGAUUGUUAAUAAUAUUACCAUUAAUGAUUUCCUUACUUUUUCGGAUGAUGAGAUACCAAUUGAAGGAAGAGGACACAAUAAAGCUCUUCAUUAUCUGUUAAAUGUCUCGACCAUGUCAUAG